CAGUUUUGUAGUGGGGUCCCAUGUUUGGGUUGAGGACCCUGAUUUAGCUUGGAUAGAUGGAGAAAUUCAGGAAUCUAACAAUGAAGAGAUCACGGUUAUGUACGAAUCAGGCUCGAAGGUUGUGAGCAAAUCAGCUAACAUGUAUCCCAAAGAUCCAGAGUUCCCACCUAAUGGUGUGGAAGAUAUGACAAGAUUGGCAUAUUUGCAUGAACCAGGAGUACUUCAAAAUUUGCAUCUUCGAUAUGCCAUGAAUGAAAUUUAUACAUACACAGGAAAUAUAUUGAUAGCCGUGAACCCUUUUCAAAGGUUACCUCAUUUGAGUGCAACUAGUACCAUGGCAAAGUAUAAAGGGGCGGCUUUUGGUGAGCAGAGCCCACAUCCUUUUGCAAUUGCAAGUUCUGCAUAUAGCAAGAUGAUAAAUGAAGAAACAAGCCAAUCUAUUUUGGUUAGUGGAGAAAGUGGAGCUGGUAAAACUGAAAGUACAAAGAUGCUUAUGCAUUAUCUUGCCUUUUUGGGAGGGAGAGCAGCAACUGAAGGGAGGUCUGUGGAGCAACAAGUUCUGGAGUCCAAUCCUGUUUUAGAAGCAUUUGGAAAUGCAAAGACUGUUAGGAACAACAAUUCAAGUCGUUUUGGUAAGUUUGUGGAGAUUCAGUUUGAUCAAAAGGGGAGAAUUUCAGGAGCUGCUAUCAGAACAUAUUUGCUCGAACGAUCUCGUGUCUGUCAAGUUUCUGAUCCUGAGAGAAAUUAUCAUUGCUUUUAUAUGCUUUGUGCUGCACCACAAGAGGAUGUUGAUAAGUAUAAAUUGGGAAGUCCAAGAACAUUUCAUUACCUUAAUCAAUCAAAUUGCAUUGAGCUGGACGGGUUGGAUGAUUCUAAGGAGUACCUUGCAACUAAGAGAGCUAUGGAGGUUGUUGGAAUCAAUUCUGAUGAGCAGGAUGCGAUAUUUCGAAUAGUAGCUGCAGUACUUCACUUAGGAAACAUUGAAUUUGUUAAGGGAGAGGAAGAUGAAACGGAUUCCUCCAAGCCCAAGGAUGAAAAAUCCCAUUUCCAUCUUAAAAUCGCAGCUGAACUUUUGAUGUGUGAUGAGCAGUCCCUUGAAGACUCUUUCUGCAAACGUGUUAUGGUGACUCGUGGUGACACCAUAACAAAAUCACUUGAUCCAAAUGCUGCAACUCUCAGUAGAGAUGCAUUGGCUAAAAUAGUUUAUUCAAGGCUUUUUGACUGGAUUGUGGACAAGACUAACAACUCUAUUGGGCAAGAUCCAGAUUCAAAUAACUUGAUUGGGGUUCUAGAUAUUUAUGGAUUUGAGAGUUUCAAGACAAACAGCUUUGAACAAUUUUGUAUCAAUUUGACAAAUGAGAAAUUACAGCAACAUUUCAACCAGCAUGUCUUCAAAAUGGAGCAAGAGGAAUAUACAAAGGAAGAGAUCGAUUGGAGUUAUAUUGAGUUCGUUGAUAAUCAAGAUGUUCUUGAUCUCAUAGAGAAGAAACCCGGUGGCAUUAUUGCUCUCCUGGAUGAGGCCUGUAUGUUUCCAAGAUCAACACAUGAAACAUUUGCUGAAAAGCUAUAUCAAACCUUUAAAGACAAUAAACGCUUCAGCAAACCAAAGUUGUCUCGUACUGACUUCACCAUCAACCACUAUGCUGGUGAUGUCACUUAUCAAACUGAUUUUUUCCUUGAUAAAAAUAAAGACUACGUUGUUCCAGAACAUGCUGCUCUACUCAGUGCUUCGAAGUGCUCCUUUGUUUCAGGGCUGUUCCCACCUUUACCCGAGGAAACUACAAAAUCAACCAAGUUCUCUUCUAUAGCCGCUCAGUUUAAGCUACAACUGCAAUCUUUGCUUGAAACACUAAAUGCUACCGAGCCACACUACAUUCGUUGUGUAAAGCCAAAUAAUCUUCUGAAGCCUGGGAUAUUCGAGAACAAUAAUGUGUUGCAGCAGCUUCGAUGUGGAGGAGUAAUGGAGGCAAUUCGGAUAAGUUGUGCUGGAUAUCCCACUAGAAAGAACUUUGAUGAAUUUGUUCAGCGGUUUACUAUCCUAGAACCUAAGAUUCUGAAAGCAUGCCCUGAUGAGAUGACUGCUUGCAAGAGGCUUCUAGAUCGAGCAAACCUUAAAGAUUAUCAGAUUGGAAAAACCAAAGUGUUUCUGAGAGCAGGUCAAAUGGCAGAAUUAGAUGCAUGCCGUGCUGAGGUCUUGGGAAGAUCUGCAAACAUUAUUCAGAGAAAAAUCCGCACAUUUAUUUGUCGAAAACACUAUAUUUUAUUGCAGUUGUCUGCCAUAGAACUUCAAAGGGUUGCUAGAGGACAUCUUGCACAACAUCAGUAUGAAUGCAUGAGGAGGGAAGCUGCUUCUUUGAAAAUUCAGAAAGACUUCCGCAUGCAUAUGUCCAGAAAUGCUUACAAAACUAUUUAUGCCUCAGCUGUUUAUAUUCAAACCGGUAUGCGAGGGAUGGCUGCUAGAAAUGACCUUAGGUUCAGGAAACGGACACAAGCUUCAAUUGUUAUUCAGGAUCACUACAGAGGUUAUUCAGCACGUAUUUAUUUCCAAAGACUAAAGAAAUCAGCAAUUGCAGCACAGUGUUCCUGGAGGAGAACAUUGGCACGUAGAGAACUUCGAAAGCUUAAAAUGGCAGCCAAGGAAUCCAAGGCACUUGAAGCUGCCAAAAAUAAUCUGGAAAUGCAAGUCAAAGAAUUAACUUCGUGUCUAGAAACAGAGAAGAGAAUGAGGGAAGCCAAGACACAGGAAAAUAAAAAACUACAGCAUGCUUUGCAAGAGAUGCAACUUCAGCUCCAAGAAAUCGAGGAAGCCAAAAAACAGGAAAAUGAAAAACUAAAGCAUGCUUUGCAAGAGAAGGAGCUUCAGUUCCAAGAAAUUGAGGAAGCCAAUAAACAGGAAAAUGAAAAACUACAGCAUGCUUUGCAAGAGAAGGAGCUUCAGUUCCAAGAAAUUGAGGAAGCCAAUAAACAGGAAAAUGAAAAACUACAGCAUGCUUUGCAAGAGAUGGAGCGUCAAUUCCAAGAAAUUGAGGAAGCCAAGAAACAGGAAAAUGAAAAACUAAAGCAUGCUUUGCAAGAGAAGGAGCUUCAGUUCCAAGAAAUAGAGGAAGCCAAAAAACAGGAAAAUGAAAAACUACAGCUUGCUUUGCAAGAGAUGGAGCUUCAGUUCCAAGAAACUAAGGCAGCGUUAAUUCAGGAACGAGAGGCUGCCAAGAAAGUAGAUGAGCAAACUCCAACCACACAGGAGAAUUCUGUUAAUGUUGUUGACAGUGAAUUGAUCAAUAAGCUUACUACAGAAAAUGAACAACUCAAGGAACUAGUUAAUUCGUUGGAAAAGAAAUCUAUACAGGAGUUUCCUGUUAAUGUUACUGACAAUGAGUUGAUCAAUAAACUUUCUUCAGAAAAUGAACAUCUUAAGGAACUGAUUAAUUCACUGGAAAAGAAAACUAUACAGGAGUUUCCUGUUAAUGUUACUGACAAUGAGGUGAGCAGUAAGCUCAUUACAGAAAAUGAACAUCUUAAGGAUCAGGUUAAUUCAUUGGAAAGAAAAAUUGAUGAAGCUGAGAGGAAAUAUGAAGAAAGUAACAGGGUUAGUGACGAGCGCAUGAAUCAAAUUAUAGAGACAGAAUCAAAGAUGAUUGAGAUAAAGACAAAUGUGCAGAGGCUUGAAGAAAAACUAUCUGAUAUGGAAACUGAAAACCAAGUUUUGCGGCAGCAAGCCUUGUUGAGUUCAUCAUCCAGGAGAAUGUCAGGAAAGCUUGCACCUGCUACAACUCCGCCUUUGGAAAAUGGUCAUCAGGCAUCACAGGGUUCUGUCCCUGCGAAAACAUUUGGUGCAGAGGAUAAAGAGAGUGUGGAUGCUCUUUUCAAAUGUGUGACAAAAGAUCUUGGGUUCUCUGAAGGAAAACCUGUUGCAGCAUUUACCCUUUACAAUUGUCUGCUACAUUGGAAAUCUUUUGAAGCAGAAAAAACAAGCAUAUUUGAUCAUCUUAUACAGCUGAUUGGUUCUGAGUUAGAGGAUCCAGACAACAAUGCUUGCAUGGCUUAUUGGCUAUCCAACACAUCUUCUUUGUUUUUCCAUCUUCAGCAAUGUCUAAGAGUACCUACAACACGGAAACCACCCACUCCAACGUCAUUUUUCGGGAGAAUGACCCAGGGUUUCCGGUCAUCUAAUAGUCUUUCCAGCAAUGCUUUUGAUGUAGAGCAUCAGGUUGAUGCCAAGUAUCCUGCUUUGCUUUUCAAGCAACAGCUUGCGGCUUAUGUGGAAAAGAUAUAUGGAAUCAUUCGCGAAAGUUUUAAGAAAGACUUGUCACCUCUCCUUUCUUCUUGCUCUAAGGACAAAACAUCAAAUGACAACAGCCAACCAUCUGGUUCUUGGAUCAGCAUCAUCCAAUGCCUUAAUAGAUAUCUCAAGAUUCUGAAAGAAAACUAUGUGCCUCCUGUUCUGGUUCAGAAGCUAUUUAAUCAAAUUUUUCAAUACAUCAAUAUGGAACUCUUUAAUAGCCUUCUUUUACAUAGAGAAUGUUGCACAUCCAAAAAUGGAGAAUAUAUAAAAUCAGGGUUGGCUGAACUAGAAUUAUGGUGUACUGAAGCAACGGAAGAGUAUGUUGGCUCUUCUUUGGAUGAACUCAAACAUACAAAGCAAGCAGUUAGAUUCUUGGUUGCACUACAAAAGGACGAGCUAUCCUAUGAUGAUCUUACAAAUGACCUCUGCCCAGUCCUAAGUGCUCAACAGCUUUAUAGAAUAUGUAUACUUUACAGUGAUGAUGAUGACAAUAAGCAAAGUGUAUCGACAGACGUCACUACUAGAUUGAAGCUUCUAAUGACAGAUGAUGCAGAUGAAGAUGACAAAUCUUUCUUGUUGGAGGACAACACAAGUCAUCCUAUUAUUGUUGAAGAGAUCUCAACUUCUGCUCUAGAUAAAACCAUUCCAAAAAUAAAACCUCCUUCAGAACUUCUUGAGAAUGCAAACUUUCAAUUUUUACAUGAUUAUUGUUAGUCCUCUUGUGGUGAAGCUCAUCUUUUAAGGUUCAAAAUUAUGUUAUCUAAUUCAACAUCAAGUUGUAAAUCCACCCGUGCUCACCCUCGCCCCUCCUUUUUUUUUCUCUGUUUUGUGGGCAUCCAUACUGUAAUGGUUGUGUUAGCAAAAAGGCAGGGUAGGUUUCAUAAUAUUUGUUAAUUUUCAUUUUACCUCCAUUUUUAUUAGAUUGUAUGGAUGUUCACUUGGGGAGCAAAUAUUUGUAUUAGUAUGAAGAAAGAAAAGUGAAAUUUGUAAAAUGAUAGGAGUUGAUCACUUAGAUUGUUCUUCUGCCCUUAAAUUUGACAUUGUAGAAAGCAGUAUAUCACCAUCAAAUGCUAUAGUGAUAUUGGCCUUUUAUGUAAGAGCAUCAUAUCCUUUGUAAUAUUGCAAUAAUGUUUCGAUUAUGUGGCGAAUUGGUCACUUUUAUGUGUA